AUCGAUAUCUGGCUCGACGGGAGGCUGGCUUGCUGGCGCCCCUGCCCUGAUAUGAGUGCCUCGAAAGAGCCGAGCGCCAAGCGGGCGAGAUUAUCGCUACAGGUCGGGUCGGCGCCCGAGUACUUCCUGGUGGGCGAAAGGCAGGAAGCUCUGCGGUUUUUUUCGCGGAGCAAGGCUGCAUGCAUCCGAUCGACGCUCGCACGUCUGAGAGAGGAGGGCACGCUGCAGCCCUUGCUGCAGUCCCUCAAGGCCGCCUCCCCGGUGCUCGUGACUGGAAGCUCUGGCUACCUGGGCUCGCGGCUCUCGUCGAGGUGUUUCGAGCGAACGGCGUGCGGUGCCGAGGGUUCGACCUCGCUGCUGCAGGGACGACCGACGUUGUCGGGUGCGCGAGCGACCUGGCGGCGCUCCGGAGCGCGGCCGCCGGCUGCCGGUCCGUGGUGCACGCUGCUGCGCUGCACGCCCCGCAUUUAGGGUCGACAAAUUUUUACUCUGCCGAGGACUUCGAGCUGGUCAAUAUAUCUGGCACGCGGAACGUAAUUUCCGUAGUCAAGGAGACGCCUAUGCUCGGCAUGGUAUUCUCUUCCACUACGUCCCUCAUGAACACUGCCGAAGCGAAAAGGCGCGCGGCAUGUGAGGUUAUUGUGCAGGUGGCUUCAGAGGACUACGGCACUCCGAGGAACGCAUACGGCGUCACGAAGAAGGCCGCAGAGCAGGCCUGCCUGCGGGAGGCGGGCAUGAACGUUGCCGUGCUGAGGUGCAGCCGUUUUUUCGUGGAGGACGCCUACGAUACGAGCGCGGCGCCCGAGGACCGGGCCGCCAACGACCCCGACGGGCGUGUGAAGGCCCUCGAGCUGUUGUGCGGGACCCGGGCCUCUCUGGAGGACGUGCUCAUUGCGCACGUCGCUGCCCUCUCGCGAGUGUGCGGCACCUGGUCGACAUCCACGCAGCCUGCCCCCGUCCAGGCUGUGAGGGGUCCGCUGAUCGUGUCGGCGAUAUCGCCGCUCGUCGACAUCGCGGCGCAAGGCGUCUGUACGUCAAGCGUGGAGGGCGCUCGCGACAUGUACGAGAGUUUGGGCUGGGCUCUGCCAGACAAACGGUGCGGCCGCGUGCUUGACUCUCGUAAGACAUGGGAGGCUCUGGAGUUAACUCCCAAGUGGAACUUCGAGCGACUAGUGAAGGCUUGGCGAUCUGCUCGAGAUGGUGCUGCGAUCAAGAGUGGGCAAUAUUGAGUGGGCACGCCAUCGGCAGCUCACCGCUCGUCCCAGUUUCUGAAGCUGUCGUCUUGUAGAGGCAGGGUCAUGGCAUGAGAGGAAUUCGGAGUCGCCAUGAUACGAGCAUUCGUCAUGGAAAACAGAAGAAUUGAGAAGCUAG